AUGAGUUCGCUUGAUAAUCAGCCCACCGCGGGAAGCGCGCAAACCGCGGAAGACAGGAAACAGAGAAAGAGAGUACAGAACCGAUUAAACCAAAGAGCACGCAGGCAACGUCUCAAAACAAGCGCUGCCAAUGCUACCCCAAGCCGGCGACCAUUCCGAGUUGAUCGCUGGCGAUUGGGGGAUGAUGCACAGCCAUAUCAGGCGAUAAAGGCCUCAUUAGAAGAACUGGGAACCCCUCCGAGUCAGCCUACUGACUUGGGUAUUUCCUCGCGGGAGCAAUCAUCAGACAUUGAGGUCAUAACCCUUGACGAGACUGACCGUGACGCUUUCUCGCUGAGGCUUGACUCGUCCCAAGCCUUCGCUACAACACUCUACGCGGAUCUCUUGCUCCAUCUUAUUGAGCACAAUGUUUUCCGAGCUUUCGUAUCUAACGCAAAUCUUCUCGAUGUGACAACGGCAAUAGCAUCUCCUCGGAAUCUUCCCAAAGAUGGAUGGCUCGCCCCGCCGGUAAUCUACCAAGGCGACAUGCGUUGCACGAUCACGUCAACCAUACACCAAAUCAAUCCCAACAUGCCCAAGUCUCUCCACCCAACUCCGGUUCAGGCAACAGACACUCACAGCUUUUGGAUCAAUGUGAUCCCAUUUGCACGAUUGCGGGAUAAUCUAAUUCGCUGGGAGGCCUGUUUCGAUCACAACGAAUUCCUUCGGGAUCUCCUGGGGUCAGUGAUUCGCGCAGCUGCGGCUAAGCGCCGUGAGAACGGCGGUCGUUUAUCAUCAUCAAGUUGUCCUUUGGUCGAAGAGGAAGCUGCAGAUGAUCCAUCAGCGGGAAGGAACGGAUUCGUUGUCUGGGGCGAGGCGCAUGAUAAGCGGAACUGGGAGGCAACCCCUGGCUUUCUCAAGAAAUGGGCAUGGGCCGUCGAGGGUUGUGACGAGAUAGUUGAGAUCAGUAACAACUGGAGGAUUAUAAGAGGUGAAGAGCCAAUUGCACUGUCAUCAGGGCCCGCAUGCACCUCAUAG